ACUUUCUUUCUUUUCUUCAUUCUCAAUUUCCUUUCAAAAAGGAACAAACAACACACACACAACAAAAUAAGGGAAAUUGUGCGUGUUACUGAAUUUGGAUUGGAUUGAUGUGCAAUGCAUAGAUCACGUAAAGCUCUUUUGGAAACAAGAGCUUCUCUUCUUCAUAAUCAUCCUAUUGAUAUUUCUUCUUCUUCUUCUGGGAAAAGUUUUAAUUUUUAUGAACUUUCUUUGGUUUUUGUUUUGUGGGGUUUACUUAUUCUCUUCAGCUUAUGGAUCAGUUACACAGAUGGAUCUGAAGAGCUUUCGGUUGGAUUAUCAAAAUGGAAUGAAGUGAACCAUGGAUUUUGUGAAAUCUCUGAUACUGCUGAUAAAUAUUUUAUUAAAGAAAUCGAUGCUUGCUUUCCGUCAGAGGCUUUAAUAUACUCUAAAGCUGGAGAUGCCGAGGCUAAUGGUUUAGUUAAUGAGUCGCACAAUGGUAGGGAAAGUGGUGCUUAUGCGGUACCUGCUGAUAUAAAUAAAGAAAAUACUGAUUCUGCUAAUAGAGAGGAUCAUGUAGUUGAGAAUUCUGAAUAUGCAGUCAAACAUGAAAAUGAUGUAAAGAAAUCUGAUAUCUUAUCUCGGGCUGUGCCUCUUGGUCUUAAUGAAUUCAAGAGCAGGGCGAUCAGUUCUAAAGUUAAGUCAGGCACUGGUCAAUCUCGAAGUGUAAUACAUAGAUUGGAGCCUGGCGGUGCAGAAUACAAUUAUGCUUCGGCAUCAAAGGGAGCCAAAGUUUUAGGUUCUAAUAAAGAAGGAAAAGGUGCCUCUAAUAUAUUAAGCAGGGAUAAAGACAAGUAUCUUCGAAAUCCGUGUUCUGUGGUGGGGAAAUUUGUCAUCAUGGAACUUUCAGAAGAAACCUUGGUAGAUACUAUAGAAAUAGCUAAUUUUGAGCACCACUCUUCCAAUUUGAAAGACUUUGAAAUCCAUGGAAGUCUGAACUUUCCAACAAAUGUUUGGGAUUUGCUUGGGAAUUUUACUGCCUCAAAUGUGAGGCAUGCUCAAAGGUUUGUUCUUAAAGAGCCAAAAUGGGUGAGAUACCUGAAGUUGAAUCUUCAAAGCCACUAUGGUUCUGAAUUUUAUUGCACACUAAGCGUUGUUGAAGUUUUUGGUGUGGAUGCCGUUGAGAGGAUGCUGGAGGAUUUAAUAAAUACUCAAGACAAUCUACUUGCAUCUGGAGAAGGUAAUGCUGAUAAGACAAUAUUGCCCCAUCCUGAUCCUGCUGUGAUUGAACAUGUUCAUAAAAAACCUCUUGAGGGGAUCAAUUCCGUCCCUGCUUCAGAUAUCUCUUCUUCCAAACAUGAAACGGCAAACAUUAAGGUUCCUGAUCCAGUUGAAGAAAUCCGUCAACAAGUUGGCAGGAUGCCUGGGGAUACUGUUCUCAAGAUCCUAAUGCAGAAAGUCCGUACUCUAGAUGUAAAUUUAUUUGUUUUGGAGCGGUAUAUGGAAGACUUAAACUCUAGAUAUGUUAAUAUUUUUAAAGAUUACAGCAAAGACACAGGAGAAAAAGAUAUAGUUCUACAGAAGAUCAAAGAAGACAUAAAGAAUCUCAUUGACCAUCAGGAUGUUAUUGCAAAAGAUGCUAGUGAUCUCAUUUCUUGGAAGUCUCAAGUUUCUUCGCAGUUGAAUCAUCUGAUUCAAGAUAAUGCUGUUUUGAGGUCCGAGGUUGAAAAGGUCCGGGAGAAGCAGGUCACUUUGGAAAACAAGGGUGUACUUGUGUUUUUAUUAUGUUGUAUAUUUUCAUUGAUUGCUGUGUUAUGGCUAUCUUUGAAUUUCGCUAAGAACGUGUAUAGAGCAAUAAGUGUUGAUAGAACAAAUAACUCCAGGAAAUUUUGUGCGGGCAGCAGCUCUUCCUGGUUUCUUCUAUUAUUGAGUUGUAUCAUUAUUAUUUUCAUAUUAAUUUUAUGAUAGUCCAUUUUUGAAUCUUC